AUGACCAGGGAUCGCAUCUGUGUUGACAUCGACGAAUGCGAAGAACGUGGCGGACGUCAGUGUAGUGAGCAUGCAACGUGUGACGGGUACACGUGUAUUCCGGCUGCAAAGCGGCAAUGUAAUGAAGAUGAACUCAGCAAAUCCGACUGUGGACGCGAUCACUUAUGUCUGAUAGAUGAUAAAGGCCGAAUCGACUGUGAUAGUUGUAAGAAGGGCUUCGUGAGGGAGGAAAGUGGCGGUUGCACGGAUAUCAACGAAUGCUUGGUGAAAAAUGCCUGUCAUCCUGACGCAUUUUGUAAGAAUAUGAUGGGCUCCUAUUCGUGCCACUGCCAACCAGGCUUCAGAGGAGACGGACAUUAUUGCGUCGGUCUGUUGAAAUUUGUUAAACUUACUGGAUCUGUAAAUGAUGCCAUAUUUAUAAAGUAG